ACGGGAGCCACAUGGGAGUGAUCAUGGCCGUGAUCGCCAUGGUGGCCAUCGUCGUCGCCGUGGUGGUGGGAGUUGAGGUGUUGGUCUUCACAGCUCAUGGUGCGUGAUAGAUUUUGCGAUGCGACAAACAUGUGGAGUGAGAAAGGGAGGAAUGCGGGAUUUGGCGGCAUGAUCGGAGUCUGGGCGUGUUUUCAGUCAGAAACCGACAGUCAUCUGGGGUCGAGAUGUACAAAUCAGAGCCAAGAUUGCUGGCUUGUAUAUUUUACUAUGUAUCACUUAUCUCUUGUAUCACCAGCAGUCUUCUGCAUCCAGUCGCGUUUUGUUUCUUCUCCAUGUCUCACUAUUCUCAGGUCAAACACAAACUAAUUGACACAUAUUCCCAGAGGUGCCUUCAAAAGCUUUCGGACACCACCAGGACUAAAGGACCUAUUGUACAGGCCCGCUUGUCGCCCAAAGACAGACGGUUUGUAUCGCAAUUGAUAGGUCUAGUAUCGCAGGUGGAACACUACAGGAACCCAGUCCAUUUGGAUAAAGCCCUAGAUGCGGUUGAUCUCGCCAAAAUCUACGAGGGAGUCGACAAGCGAGAGCAGCAGAAGCCACAGGCGCCGGAUUCCCUGCUCCAAUAUGAGGAUUUGGUGGUGUUGGAGCUUCUUCACUACUUCAAAAAUCACUUUUUCAAAUGGAUCACCAAACCCGAAUGCCCCAGGUGCACAAAAGACGGGGACAACAUCGUGCCACAGGGCGUCACUGGACCGCCACUGCAAAACCCCGAUGGUAUCAGCCGGGUAGAAAAAUACCGGUGUAGGACCUGUUCUGUCGCAAUUGAGUUCCCCCGGUACAACAGCGCCGUCAAAUUGUUGGAAACUCGACAGGGCCGCUGUGGCGAGUGGGUCAACUGCUUUAUGCUCAUUCUGCAAGCAGUUCUCGGCCCCGAGGCACAAAUGCGGUACGUGUGGAAUAAUGAAGACCAUGUGUGGUGUGAAUACUAUAGUAGUGGCCUCAAGCGGUGGGUACAUUUGGAUCCAUGCGAAGCUGCGUUUGACGAGCCCAGCUUGUACACCGAUAACUGGGGCAAGGCCAUGAGCUGGGUGGUGGGCGUAAACCAUAGCUAUAUGGUGGAUUUGAGCCACAAGUAUAUCACCAAUAGCAAUAAGACCAUCGACAAGAGCAGGGUGGUGGACAAUGUGUGGGCAGUGGAAUCGACCAUCAGGCUCAUGGCGUUUCAAAUGCUUCUCAAGUACUACCAGCUUAAUAUAGAGCCUUUGUCGGUGCUGAAGGCCGAGAAGUUGAGUUUGUUCUACUACAAGUGUCUAGUGGUGUACGGGUCGGAGCUUAAUAAAAGUCCUACCAGCACCAAGUCGGCAGUCACAAGGACGGCCACAACAGGAAGGCAGACCGGUGGACCAGAGUGGACCACGGCCCGUGGCGAGAGUGGUUGAUAUCUAUAUCUGUUGAUAGUCAAUAUGUAUAUAUCUUGAUAGCCCACCAGUUUUUAUUCGUACCAUUCAUUAAAUGCUAUACACUACUCACG